AGUGUUAGCCAUCAACCAGAUGAAGUGCAGUGAAGAAUCCCAGAUGAUCAUCAUGCAGGAGCUCCUGGAUGAGGACCCUGCCCAGGCGGAAAGCCUCAGGAGAGCGCUAACAAUUCGCAGGCCGAGGAGGAAGAACCGGCUGCCGGAGGCUGUGGGCCUCGCCGGACCGCGGGCAGAGGAAAGCAGCUGCUGCAGCAUGGCCACCGGGCUGCGCGAGUUGCCCCCUGUUCCUUCUACAUCGAGGUCAGGCUUUGCAGAAUUUUCAGUUAGGGAGCGAAUGAGAGAGAAGCUAAAAGCAGCAAGGUCAAAAGCAGAAAUUACUUCAUUGCAAGAAGACCCUAGUCCACGACCAAGGCAUUCAAAAAACAUCAAAGAAAGGAAAACAGAAGUCAGGCUGGAUAAAGAGUCUGAUAAUGAAAAACUUGAGGUGCAGAAGAAUGAAUCCUCUUUACCAUCAAAAACAAAGUUUCGUGAUUCUAUAAAAAAGCUUAAGCAAAAGUCAACAUUUCAGCAUGAUUUUCCAUCUGCUGAGGAAUCAUAUAAUUUCUUUACCUUCAAUUUUGAUGCUGAACCAGAGAGCAUGACGUCUGGAGCCACGAAAAGGAAUGGAUUAAAUGAAGAAGAGGAGGCAGAAGAAGAAUAUGUAGAAACCCAUGAGGAUGAACAAGAGGAGGGUGAAAUGGAUGAAGGUGCCCGCCUAGUUAAAGAUGAUGAUUUAUUCAUAAUAGGCAAGACAGAUGAAGAUUUUCUAGUAAUGAUGCCUGCUGAUUGUGAAAACUACUCUGAGCAACUGAAAAGAGAAAAGGAAUUUCUCUUCAUUCCCAGCAUGCUAGCAGUGCCCACUUCUGAGAAGAUGCCUGGGAACAUGCAGCCUAGGUACCUUGAGGAUGAGGGUCUUUACACAGGAGAAAGGCCCUUUGUGUCACAGUCUAAUCAAAAUAUUUUAGAAAACAGGAUACUCAGACAGGAGCAAGGGAAAGAGUGGUUUGGUGAAGAUGGCAAAGUGUUAGCAUUGCCAAAUCCUAUUAAACAGUCUUCUACUAGGCCUCCAAUAUUCUCAUUGGAAGAAGGCAUUGCACCAGAAUUUGAAACAGUGUCUAGAAAGGCAACAAAAUUGACAGCUGCCCAUCAGUAUCUUGUUGGACCUGGAGAUUGUCAAGGGCCAUUUCAAUUGGAUAUUGAUAUUUCUGGACUAAUAUUCACCCAUCAUCCCUGUUUUAGCCGUGAGCAUGUGUUAGCAGCUAAACUGGCUCAGUUAUACGACCAGUAUUUAGCAAGACAACAGAAGAAUCUUACCAAACUUCUCACAGACAAGCUUCAUGCUUUGAGGAAUGCUGUGCAGUGUAGUGUAGAUGAUGGUGGUGCUGGUGUUCCUAGACCUGUGGCACAGCAGAGCAUAUCUGAAUAUAAAAUCGAGAUCAGGCAAACCAGAAGACUUCGUGAUGCUGAAGAAGAAAAAGACAGAAUGUUGCUUAAGACCAUUAUAAAAGUUUGGAAACAGAUUAAAUCCCUCCGUGACUUUCAGAAGUUUACUAACACACCCCUGAAACUUUACUUGAGGAAGAAAGAGGUUGAUCAGAGAUUAGAUGAAAAAGCAUAUGAAGCAGAAAUUCAGGCUGAGAUAAGUGAAUUAUUAGAAGAAUAUAUGGAAGAAUAUGAAAAGAAAAAGGAGGAGUACAAAACUGAGCUACAAGAGUGGAAAUCCUGGAAGAAGGCACAGAAGUCCAAGAAGAAAAAGAAGAAAAAAGACAUUCCUGAAGAAGAAGAAUCAUUAGAAGAUUGUGAUCUCAGUGAGGAACGUGUAAAACCCAUCCCACCGAAAAUGGUCAGUAGCCUUGAAAUAGAGCAGCAGGUUAGAGAAAAAGCUGACAACUGCAGAAGGAAGCCUGGGGAGCCUGCUCUAAUUCCUGAAUUGAUCCUGUCAGGAAGUGUAACUGCAACAGAGUUGUGUCCUCGGGGAGAAGUUUUGCGGCGAGAAGAUGUGAAGAAACGCUCAGCGUUUGUCAAAGUCCUUUUCAACUCCAAAGAAGUAUCGAGGACUGUUACUCGACCAAUAAGUUCAGAUUUCAGAGUUCACUUUGGACAGAUUUUCAAUUUACAAAUAUUCAACUGGCCAGAGAGUUUGAAACUACAGGUGUAUGAAACAACAGGUAUGAGCAGUACCACCUUGUUGGCUGAAGUGUUCCUACCUGUUCCUGAGACUACAGUUCUGACAGGCAGUGCUCCUAUAGAAGAAAUAGAGUUCAGCAGCAAUCAGCGUGUGAUGUUAGACCAUGAGGGAGUUGGGAGCGGCGUGCCCUUUUCUUUUGAAGCUGAUGGUAGCAACAAAAUGUCUCUCAUGACCUCUGGGAAAGUAUCCAAUAGUGUCUCUUGGGCAGUUGGAGAAAAAGGAGUCCCCUUAAUUCCUCCAGUAUCUCAGCAAAACACUGGCAUUCCAAGUGCUUUGAAAAAUAUUGAUGCUAUUGCAUCCAUUGGCACAUCAGGCUUAACUGACAUGAAGAAACUAGCCAAGUGGGCAGCAGAAGCAAAACUUGAUCCAAAUGACCCAAACAAUGCAGCUCUGAUGCAGCUGAUCAUGGUUGCUACAAGUGGAGAGGCACAUGUUCCUGACUUUUUUAGGUUGGAACAGUUGCAGCAAGAGUUUAAUUUUGUUUCUGACGAAGAAUUUAAUAGAUCAAAGAGAUUCCGACUCUUGCAGCUCAGAAAUGAGGAGGUGGCAGAGUUCCGAAACUAUAAGCAAGUCCCUUUGCAUGAACGAGAAAUCAGUGACAAAAUCUUCCAGGAUUAUGAGAAGAGACUGAAAGAGAGGGAUGUGAUUGACAGCAAAAAUUACCUAGAUGCACACAGAGCAGUUGUUGCCAACUAUCUGCAGAAGGUUCGAGAAUCAGUAAUAAACCGUUUCCUUGUAGCAAAACACCAUUUCCUUCACUCUGACCUUGUCAAUGAAGAGGAGAUUCCUAGCCUGGGUUCUGAGGGUCCAGGUAUUUUGGGACUCAGCCUCUUUAAACUGACAGAGCCAAAACGACCAUUAAAGCCAAGAAGAAAAGAAAGGAAGAAGGUCACAGCACAGAACUUAUCAGAUGGAGACAUAAAACUGUUAGUGAACAUUAUUAGAGCUUAUGAUAUUCCAGUGAGAAAACCAGUGAUGAGCAAACUUCAUCAACCAUCCAAAUCUUCAAAGUCCUUUAGUGAGAUGUUUGCAGCCUCUCCAGCAGCUCACAUACCAGCUGAUAGCCCAAACUGGGCAUUCAACCAGGUUUUAGUCCGUCCUUUUGUAGAAGUUUCUUUUCAGCGAACAGUCUGCCGGACCACAACAGCAGAGGGCCCAAACCCCAACUGGAAUGAGGAACUUGAGCUUCCAUUUAGAGCUCCUAAUGGUGACUACAGCACCCACAGCUUGCAGUCAGUGAAGGAUGAAGUCUUCAUUAAUGUUUUUGAUGAAGUGCUUCAUGAUACUGCGGAGGAUGAUUGUGAAAGACGAAGUGAAAUCCAUACCCGUGUUGAGAGACACUGGCUGGGAUGUGUAAAGAUUCCAUUUACUACUGUAUAUUUUCAAUCAAGGAUUGAUGGUACAUUCAAGGUGAAUAUUCCUCCAGUCCUCCUUGGCUACAGCAAAGAGAAGAACCUGGGAUUUGAGAGAGGUUUUGACUCUGUGCGCAGUCUGAGCGAGGGCUCCUACAUAACACUGUUCAUUACCAUUGAACCACAACUCAUUCCUGGAGAGUCAGUCAGAGAGAAGAUGAAUGAAAUGCUUAAGAAGUUUGAUACCCAAGAAGAUGAGAAAUUGCUCCAAGCAGCAGAAAAGUAUGAAGCUGAGUGUACAUCGAAAUUUCCAAGCCGCCAGUGCCUGACGACUGUGAUUGACCUCAAUGGGAAAACAGUUUUUAUUACCAGAUAUAUCAGACCUCUGAAUCCACCACAGGAGCUUCUCGAUGCUGUCCCAAAUAGUUCUCAAACAGCAGCAGAACUGGUGGCUCGUUACGUUGCUCUGAUUCCUUUUUUGCCAGAUACUGUAUCGUUUGCUGGGAUCUGUGACUUAUGGAGUACAUCAGAUCAAUUUCUCUAUCUUCUGGCGGGAGAUGAGGAGGAACAUGCUGUGCUGCUGUGCAAUUAUUUUCUUGGUAUGGGAAAAAAAGCCUGGCUUGUCAUUGGAAAUGCUAUUCCUGAGGGACCAACUGCAUAUGUAUUAACUUUGGAGCAGAGUCAGUACGUGAUUUGGAACCCCAGUACUGGCAGUUUCUAUGGACAGUAUGAUACCUUCUGUCCCCUACAAAAUGUCUACUGCCUGAUCAGCUGUGACAAUAUUUGGUUUAAUAUGCAAGAAUAUGAUUCCCCAGCAAGGAUAAGUUUUGAUAUCAGCAAAUUCAAACUUUGGAAGUCUUUCUUUUCAAGAAGCUUGCCAUACCCUGGUCUCUCCAGCAUUCAGCCUGAAGAAUUGGUUUAUCAGCCUUCAGACAAGGCUGCAGCCAUGGAACUUCAGGGCAGGAUUGAAAAAAUAUUAAAGGAGAAGAUCAUGGAAUGGAGACCAAGGCACCUAACCCGCUGGAACAGAUACUGUACCUCUACCCUGCGUAACUUUUUGCCACUCCUGGAACAAAAUCAAGGCAAAGAUGUUGAAGAUGACCAUCAGGCAGAGCUGCAAAAACAGCUAGGAGACUACAAGGUCUCUGGAUUUCCUAUUCAUAUGCCAUUUUCUGAAGUCAGACCUUUAGUAGAAGCUGUGCACAGCACAGGAGUUCACACCAUUGAUGUUCCCAGUGCUGAAUUUGCCUUGGCUGUGUACGUUCAUGCUUAUCCUCAGAGCGUUCUCUCCGUCUGGAUUUAUGUUGCCUCACUUGUGCGAAACAGGCAUAAAGGCUUUGGUUCAGAGGCCGGCAUUGCUGCCACAGGUUCCCCUCGAAUGCUGAUGCCAUCUCCCAAGUUUAGUCCAGCUCCCCUUCGGCGAGGAGUGAGGUAAGAAACAUGAUAUAAAAGUGAACAGACAUUUCUGCAGCCCUUAGCUGUGUUUUCCAGUCCGCACAGGAAAAGGACCUCCAGCUGCACCUUCCCAGCACUCAUAGACAUCACAAGGUUCACAGGCAGCAGUCAGCAGCACACCAUCCACCUGCACAAUCGCUGCAGCUUACCAGCAUGGUAUACUCCCAUAUCACAUCUUAGGAGCACAUAUGUUCAACUGCCACAGACAUUUGUAGUGGUGGGAAUGUUUUAUUUGAGUAUGUCAUUCAAGCCCAAAUACAAAACCAAAUGCAAAAGGAAGGUGGGAAUUUCCCUAAUUUUGCACUAUAAAGAAUGACUUCAGAAUGAAAGGGGAAAAAAAAACCCAGAAACCAAGGCUCCUAAAGAUGUAGAAUUGUUACCCAAAUACAAACAAUACAUUUCAAAUUCUCUUUACAUUGUACACAUGGAUUAAAAAAAAACCAACAACAUCACUUAAAAUAAUCCAGUAAAGUAUAUUUAAGUGCCAAACUUAGAAGAAAGUGGCAUCAAAAAAAAGAGACUCUGAAUGUUUUCCCAUCUUCCCCAAAUUAAGUAGAACAAAACCCAACACCCUUCAAACCAAAGGAGACUGAGAUUGUUACCACACUGUACAGUACACUCAGAAUUAAGAACUGGAGGCUGUGGGCAGGGUUGGGCUAGUAUAACAAAUCUCACUCCAAGGAUUGUUAACACAAGAUGCAGACUGUAAGUAAAGUGCAUGAGAGGAAGCCUGCUCAGCUAAAUGAAGUAGACUGAAAGGGCAGAAGUCAGCGGUCACUCGCCAGAGCGGCAGCAGGCUCGAAAACCACACUGCAAGUUCUGGCAUCCACUGGCGGUUUCAGCAUGAGGACCUGCACAAAAACAGAACAGAUGUGAAAGGACGAAAAGGCCACUGUUGAUUUAGAGGCAGAGUAACCUGGGCAUUCAGAAGAGGCCUCCACUUCAGUACACUGAGCUCCAUUCAGUACAGUGAAGUCUGAACCACUGCCAGUACUAGCACAGUGUAAAAAUCUCCAUUGGAACAGCUACUUUGUGGGCUAUUUUUGCUCUGAUAGCUUAGUUCCCUGAAGAUCACACAUUCGAAAAGGACACAGAUGCAUGAUGAGCAGCACUAGAAGAGCAAGUUUCAGCAUGCUCUCACAGCCAGCUCUCGGAAUUGAGGAGCAUGUUCACAAUGCAUAUUUAACUCCCAUUUUUUAAAUUGGGAUGAUGGCCUCACAGCAUUAUCAAAGAAAUCAUCAUCUCCAAAACUUCCUACUAGAAUGGAAACAGAUUUUUAGGUGAAAGGGUGUUUUUUUCCUCUGUGAACACUUCAUGGUUGGCUAGAACUCACACACUGUGACUGGAACGUGAAAAGAGAAAAAGAAAUCACUGAGGCUAACGAUUGGCCAUUCAAAAAGAAAGUUGCAAGCACAGACAGUACAAACCAACACUGCAAUUCUACCCACCUCAACUUACCUUUGCUUUUGUUAUCCCUUUAAUUUGAAAUGUUAAGUGUGAUCAUGAGAUAGAAAAACUAUUACAUUUAUUAGAGGAUUUUAUUUCCUGCAGCCUGCUUUAGAGACACAAACAUUUACAUUCAGGUUGGAAGUGGGGUGCUGAGCUUACGAAAACAAUCUAGUGAAGACCUAACCAGGACUACUCACAUUUGCCUCACUCUCUGUAUUUAAGAGAAAUCCAAGAAUAUUUAGGAUGUUUUUAAUACACCUAGGAAAGACCAUCAAAAACAUGUAAUUCACUCAGGCACCAUGUUAUGUCUGCCUUGACUUUUUCCCCUUGAACAGUAAUUUCAAAAUCAUAAAUUCAAUUAAUUUUCAAGAACCUUUUGUCUGGAAAUCAGCUUUCUGCUUCAUGCCACACACUGAUGAGCAAUACUAAACAGGGUAAUUAAGUUAACAUGCAUGAGACCGAAUAACACAAACCUGAGGCUCUCUAAUGAAGGACAAUGGUUACAGUAUGCAAAAAAGAGUAAACUUCUCAUUUGUCAGUAAA